GAAUGAGGGAAAUAGCCCUUCUGGCCGGAAUUGUCGUUGUAGUGAUAAUUAUCUUGCUUGUUGGUCUUAUGUUUUUCUAUAAAAGGCACCGAACACAGCAUGCACUAGUUCGGCAUAUUGCACCUAAGGUUAAACAAGAUGAUCGACCAAUUUCCCCCGAUCUCCUAGCAAGUACCAAGAUACUUUCUGAAGUUGAGAACCAAAGUUCUCCAUCCUAUAGGGUGUUUACUUUACCAGAACUUAAAGAAGCUACCAAAAACUUUGAUCAGUCAACUUUCUUAGGCCAAGGUUCUUUCGGAAAGGUUUACAAGGGAAGGUUAGAGAAUGGAAGCUUUGUUGCUAUCCGAUCUUUAACUCUAUACAGAAAAUGCUCGAUUCAAAACCUCAAGAUGCGGAUUGAUUUGCUUUCAAAGCUUCGCCAUCCUCACUUGGUUGCCCUUCUUGGUCAUUGCAUUGAUGAUGGAACGCAGGACGACUCAACUGUGCGUAGGUUGUACCUCGUGCAACAAUUCGUUCCUAAUGGAAGCUUCCGCUCUCAUCUCUCAGAGAAGGUCCUGAAGUGGCCAGAAAGAUUGGCUGUUGUAAUCGGUGCAGCCAAGGCCAUACAUUUUCUUCACACCGGGGUGAUCCCCCCUUCUCUGAGCAAUCGUCUAACGACCAACAGUAUACUGAUAGAUGAGCAUGGGAUUGCGCAGCUUAGUGAUUAUGGAAUGUCUCUCAUUGCAGAUGAAACUGAAAAAACUGAUGACGAUGUUCACAACUUCGGGUUCAUAUUACUCGAGUCACUGGUAGGUCCUAUCGCAAGUUCAAAAGGCGAAGCGUUUCUGCUAAAUGAGAUGACAUCGUUCAGCAGCCAAGAUGGUAGGCGAAGGAUAGUGGAACCAAUCGUGCUAGCCACGAGCUCACAGGAAUCAUUGUCCAUUGUGAUAUCCAUCACGAACAAAUGUAUAUCAGAUGGAUCCUCGGGGUGGCCGUCGUUCGAAGAUGUGCUGUGGAACUUGCAGUAUGCUGCUCAAGUGCAGGCCACGGCCGAUGCUGAUCCGGAUAGUGCAUCGCAUCAGAGCUUCGGCUAACCUCUCCUCCUCUUUGGUUAGGUUAUACUAGUAGGGAAUGUAAAUUUAGAGGUUAGAUAGUGAGUUAUGCUAUAUUGGCAAAAAUGUAAAUGCAUUCUUUUUCAGUAUUUGAUUUAUACAGUGAAGAAAUUAGGUGGUGGCACUUAAUGGAUUAGUUAGGCAUUAACUUGGCUUAGCAGUUUAACAGCCCAACAAGAAUACUAGUGUAGGGGAGUUUUCAACUUACCAUUAUGUAAGUUG